AUGAAAUAUUCUGCUGCGUGUACCAACGUCCGCUCGGUACUGAGGACAGUAUUCCAUGAUCUAGACUUUCUGCCUCCAUUGUCAGUUGGAAAUAAAUCAGUAGAGAAAAAUGAUGUCUCAGCUGUAUUAAGAGGUCAGAAAUUGCGGGAUGUCGAUAAUUGGCCAGAGAAGUAUGAAACAGAAUGCAUAGAAAUCUGUAACCGAGAGAAUGAAAUUAAGUACCAGUAUGGGAAGCGAAUUUCUCUGGAACCUCUCCCAAAUAUCUUUAAACUACAUGAGUCCAAAGCAGAUAAAUCGUUACAGACGUGUAGACUAGAUCAGGAUCUUCUUCUUCGUAGAAAAGACUUAAUACCUGGAAUAGAGCAUAAUGCUGGAGGGAAUGAUAAUUUAUGGAUUAAGAAUAUUUUGAAUGCUAGUUCGUGCGACGUAAGUAGAGCUCAAUGCACCACAGAUCCAGGCAUUACAUUAAUAGCAUCCGACUCAUCCAAGGAGACAACUUUACAGACAUUGAGUAUCGGGCAAGUGAUGCCACGCUCUGUGCCAAAGGCACCGCCCAUUUCUACGUCACCUGUGAGCGUUGAAUAUGUGAUAUGUGUGCCGGCAGAACUUCACUUUUUAAACUGUUCCAUAGGUCGUUUAUAUGUGAAGCACAUCCGCCUCAUCAACGUAUCAAAAUUUGAGUGGCGUCUUUCGAUAUCUCCUCCGAAGAGCAACGAAUUCAAAGUGGUAAUAAACAGUCACCGAGGCCUUACUAUGACGUCAGGUGCUAAUGUGGACCUAAGCGUGCAAUUCACACCGACGGAUGUGCGAAUGUUGACAGACACACUUACAGUGAGAGUCUCGUGUGGACAGGUCUUCAUAAUUCCUAUUACUUGUUAUAUGCAGCCGCCUGUAUUGGAAAUUUUGAUACCCAUCGCCAAUUCUUCUCUUACUUCUACUUCGGAACGAGUGAGCUUUGUCUGUUUUCGCAACGACCUAAAUUUCGAUGACAAAGUGCUGGAGCUCGGAGCCCGAUUGCUCGGCGAUGUGCACUGCUCGCUUGUGCUGCUGCGCUGUGACGCUGAGCAUGUUAAGUUUUUCAUUCUUACUGAGGAUGCUUGGAUCGAUUGGAAUGUCAAUGACCAUGAGAAGGACUAUGACAUAUGCAGCGACGACGACCCCGGUUGCGAGUACUACAUACACCUGGGCACCACAUUCCCGCACCGUUCCUUGUCUAUCACCGUGAAACUUAUCAAUCGCAGUCCAAUAAUGUACAAUUUUUACUGGGACGCUCGACGUUGGGGAAUAUGUUCAUGCUGGGAGGAAGAAUUAGAAUCGGAAAACUCUUUAAAGUCGGAUGAUAAUAGUGAACGACUUUGUCCUGGAGCGAUAGAAUCAAAACACAUGAGUCGUGAGGAUCCCGAAGCGUAUGCUAGGAAAAUUGAGCCUCAUCACGUGGUGAGGGUGGAGCCGUCACAGGAUCAAAUAUUGCCCGGCGCCACGUUCCUGCUGGAAGUUUCCGUGCCCGACGUCGGGAAGCAGCUCGGUGUGCAACGUCAUGUACUCAGGUUGAUGUUGAAAGACAUACCCAAGGAGAGUUUGCCCGCUAAUUAUAAGCCAAUAAUCCUUAAAACGACGGAAGUGACAUCAACACCAAUUCCAGGUUUACAGAGCUCGGUGAUGGAAGUGUGCGAUAUAUUGGUGGCAGAAAUGGAGGUAUGGUGGGAGGUGGUGCCUGUGAGGUUCGUCCUAGAGCCUCCUGUGAUACCCAUGAACUACUCACGCAGGUUGACAUCAGUGAACGUGACCUUAGGAGCUUGGCAGUUGUUCGGUCGUCACAGGGUUCGUGUAUCGUGGGUCACUCCAAUGAGAGUGGUAAAGCCCCUGUCACUGCGAAUAACCACCACAAAUUGCGUCACAACCGGUUUCAAGUUGCCGCUGCCUUCUUUGCUCAAUCAAUAUCCGGAGACUGAUGUUUUCACAUUGGUGGCUGAGAAGAACGAGUGGAAGGCACACUGUGCAGUCACCUAUCAGUGUGAUACGCGUCACCCCGCUCUGCGACCGGCACAAACAUGGCUUGGGAUUGUUACGCCAAGAACCCAUAUGCAAAGUGUAUUUUCACUCACAAAUAACACGUAUCAAAAAAUAAGGUUUUGGUGCAAAGCUUUCCGCUGGUGUGGGGAGAACCCACCCAGCCCGCCGUGCGUUGGCCGGAUCCCUUGCAGGCACUGCAAAGAGAUCGCUUGCACCUGCGCACUGUUGAGACCUGGUCAAGGUGCACUGAGUCAGGGAGAGUCGGCGGAUAUUGUUUACGACGUCAAUGCUCCUCAGAGAGAUGGAUGUGUGGCUACCCUGCUGCAAGUACGUAGGUGUGAGGCUGACCUGUCGCUGUUGCACGCCGCGCCCGCAACUGAAGCGCGCGCCGCGCUGGUCGCUUAUCGCGUGCUCGCGCCGCGCCUCGUGCUGCGACUGAUACCCUGCGGAGGGACUGGUGCUAAGUGCCGGUUGGAUUGUGAGCUGGACGCAGGUGAGCUAAAGAGUGAGCUGGGCACGUCGACGCUCAGACCGAGCAAGGCACUAGUGGUGGGGCGGCGCACGUGCUAUCGGCUGCGGGUCACCAACAUCACGCCACUGCCCACCACAGUGCGCUUUGAUGAACCUAUAGAUGGCACAGAAUUUCUUAAAGCGAAAUUCUUUCCAAAAGUUUUCAACUUGAGAAGUUACGGAGAAGUGGUAAUAAGGGUCGUCCUGACAGCGGUGAGGGUGUGCGAGCGACGCCUGUUCGUGCACCGCGCGGAGGUGGCGCACACUAACAAACCUCUCUACGUAGUCAUUGAUGCUGCUGUCGGUAGAGAAGAGCAUGGUUCUAGAAAGAGACGGCUCUCCACGCCGCAGCAGAUAUUUAUAGAAGAGGAUCAGAAGCGUGAAUUCGUUAAAGCAAAUAUAUGUCACUGUCACACCGAAAUGAAGUACAUUCCACCAGCGAAGAAACAGUCUCUACCGCUGAGAGAUGGUGAAGCCACACCAAUUGAGAUUGUGACUGAACCACCACCAUUGACCCGAUUGUGCCGCUGCUUUCCCCACAGCCAGCCAUUUAUGCGAGAUACCCCAGAAUCUAUCUCACUCGAGUUCAUCAACGUGCCCUUAAGACAAGACAAAUGGGCUGAUGAAGUGUGCGAGUCAGGCGUGGCACUAGCGUGCUGCCCGGCGAGCGGCACGCUGGCGUCUCGAGCUCAGGUCGAGCUGCGCGUGCAGGUGUACGCGGACUGCUGGGGACUUUACCGGGACCAGAUACUUAUUCAGGUGAAAGAUGUGGAUCCUAUAGUGUUGGAUGUGUGGAUACACGUUGAAGGACCUGCAUUGCAGUUUAAAAUUCAGCCAAAUUACACGCCUCAAGACUUGCCUACUAUGUGGUUGUCACAAUCGGACGCAACGCGGUCACUCAUCGUUAAGAAUGUGUCACGAUGCGAGCUCCUCGUCAGUGCUUACGUCACACUCGAGAACGAAUGCGUGCAGGACGUGUUGCCAUUCAGAUUGUACAUACGUUUGUACGACGUACUACCUAAGACCUGCCCCUGUGACACCGCCAACCAAUCUGAGUUUGGUGAACAAUCUAUAACACCUACUAAUAGCAGCGUGGAUAUGGACACAGAAGUGGAACUGUACCUGGCAGCAGAUCGUGGGCCGCAGAAUGAGCUCUAUUAUAACGUAACACCAGAUGUGUGCACAAUGAAAGCGGGCGUGACGAUGAAGUGGGAAUUGUCACUAAAACCUCCAUCAUCUCCCGAAACAGCGCCGAAUGGUACUCUGAUAUUGCGAUUGAGGCCCCUUCACAAAUUUGGUGACAGCUGGUACCGCGAUGAGCCGGCGCCACAGUUGGUGCAACUCCGUCAAGUAGUGACUGUUCCUCAAGUCAAACUGUCGUGUGACGAGAUUGUAGUCAAGGUUUGUGCAUUGGAUCUGCCCUAUGGAGACUUUUUAAGGAUUCGCAAGCGUUUCCAAGUGCUAAAUGUAGGCAACGCUGACCUUAACGUGAGCAUACAGACUAGAUUUCCUUGGUGCUUGGUAAAAGGUCGACCGAGUCACCACGACAAGGAGGUCAGAUGCGCUAUAGGUUGUGAAACGCUUCCUCGAAACGAGUGCAGAGAUUCACACGUUACAAUAAACCUGCCGCCUAGGAGCUCCACAGAGGUGUGUUUGGAGGUGAGCAUAUGUACUACGGAAGCAUGGGCGCACUGCGCAGCCGCAGGUAACGAGGCGUGCGAGCCACCGUGCUACGAGCCGCGUCGCCAGGAGACCUCCCUGCUCUUUGUGUACGAUGACGCACAAAUGCUCUUCACAAUACCAUUAAUUUUGGAAUUGGAGUAUCCAGCGAUAAAAACUGAACCGCAAGUCAUGGACUUUGGAUUUGUCACUGAUGGCGACAGCCGGAAGUCCUACGUCUCUAUUUCGCAUACCAGUAGUAAAACCCUAACCUUAGCGGUUCGAUGGUUGGGUCCUCCCGAGUUCGAGAUUUGGCCUUUUUUUCUCGAAGUACCACCCGAAGAUAGUAAGCAAGUUUACAUUCAGUACACAGCCGUUUGGCGUCAAGGGCGUGCGGAAGGCUGUGUGCUAGUGAACGUGUGCUGUGGUGCGGGCGACACGAGGCACGACAAGAGCGCGCCGCCCUCGGGCUGGUGCCGCGCGGCGCUGGCGGUGCGCGCGACACCCGCGCGUGAUAACACGUGGCACGCCCCGCCGCACGACUACACCGACGAUGACCACUUGCUGCCCAAAUCUGCGCAGGCAUACCUACCAUGA